AUGGCGCGUGGCUCUUCUCGAGGGAGUGCGAUCAUGGGGCCACUGUGUGUAUGUGCGCUGUGCUUCUUCACGGCCACCUUCGUCGGGCCGCUGGGUGCGAACGCGCCCCGCGGAUGCCGCACGCGGCGGCAGGUGGCCACGGAGACGGAGACGGCCUUCGAGACGGAGACGGAGCCGGUCGAGGUGGAGGACUUCUAUGAACUGCUUGGUGUCUCCGAGGAGGCGGACGUGAAGGAGAUCAAGGCGGCAUACCGACAAGCGGCCCGCCUCACGCAUCCCGACUUCUUUCGGACAAAGCCGAAGGAGGAGCGGGAAAAAGCACAGGAGCGUUUCACCCAGGUGAACAAGGCCUUUGAGGUUCUCACGGAUCCCAAGAAGCGCCAAGCCUAUGACUUGCGAGGCUUGGCGGGCCUGGCCGAGUUCGAGUUCAACGGCGAGCGGAUCAUCAUGCCCCCGCCCUGGCGGGUGCGUGUGGGCUACACGGGGCACCACUUCUGGAAGAUGAAGGAGUACUUUGUGGGCUUCAUGUUGGAGACGCUGCCGGACGUUUCCCACGAAGUCAUCCUCAGUGCCUUCGAAGAGGCCACCAAGGAUCCGAUUGGAGUGGGACAGGCGAUCCUGGUGGACCGAUGCACAGAGAAGCGCGCGAAGGAUGUGGUGGAGGCCCUCCAAGAGUAUGGCCUCGUUUGUAUGUGUGAGGAGGUGCCCGACGAAGAGCUUCGCGAAGAGGAAGAUGAAGAGGAGGCGGAAGAACCCAAGCCGAAGCCCGUGGUCAAGCAAGAGCCAACCGAAGAGGCCAAUGAGGAAGACGACAAGGCCGACCACUCCGGCAUGUGGCUCGUGCGCGAUCCGUUGCGCCUCCGCCGGACCGGACCGGCCGGAUGUCCCGACACGACGCGCCAGGGCGAAAGCGAUGAGGAAUCCGAUGGCAUGCUUUUGGUGGACCUGCCGGUGGCGAAGGUGGUCGCUCAGGCCUGUUCGGGUGAUGCCAGGGCUGCCAGGAAAAAGCAAUGUGACUUCGGUUCAGAGGUGGCAAAUCUGCUCGCCCGCGGCUACAAGGUGGAGUCAGCAAAGGAAGAGGCACCGAAGGAGGAGGAGGCGGACGACAAGCCUGAGGAGGCCACCGACAAGCCUGAAAAGGCCAACGACAAGCCUGAGGCUUUGUGGGGCACAGCAGUGCAAAUGCUGCUGCGCGAGGGGACGCAAAAUUAUGUUUUUGAUGUGGAUGCGUAUGAAGGUUAUCAGCCGUUGGUGCCACAGCAGAAGAAGGUGGUCGUUGUUCAGGCUCGACCUGCCGACUCGACCAUGUUGGAUCUCAUCACCCUGGUCUCCGCAGUCGGCCUCCAACAGGAGCUGAAGAACGCCAAGCAGGGUGAGACGAUCAUUAAGGAGGAGUCGAUGGACCCACGACAUCACCUGGACCGAAGGGGUUCAGUUGGUUGGGUCGUUUGGACCCCGGUGAAAGCCCCAACGCGCGACCCACGACUUGGGCAGCCAAGAGUUGCUCAAAAAAGUCUGAAAGCCUUGCUUCUUGCCAACCGUUUUCUGCUCGAAAUCGCUGGACGAAUGCUCGACCUGCUGACCUUGCUUUCGGCCGCCGGUCUCCAACAGGAGCUGGAAAAAGCCAAGGAGAAGACGGGAGAAGUCAUCAAAGAGGAGACCGUGGAGUCGGAUUUCUUGGGCUCCUGUGCUGAGCAGAUGGCCGAGGCCAUGGAAGGCUUCGAACGCCUGGUCGCACAGGGCUUCAGCGGAAGCUCGCAAGAAGAGAUGGUGCCGCCCAAGAAGGUCUGAGCACCAGCUGAGAGCUGUCUGAGGGGAUAGCUGCUCAGACCUCGCUGCGGGCUGCGGGUCAUUUCGUGUCCUUCGCUGAGAAGGAAUCUGGGUGGCCAUCACCUGGUGCAAUGGGGAUCUGAAGUGGUGUUUGGCCCGCAUCUCGCAGCACCAAUUAAGCUUCUUGUGGCGACGAAAGGUCAGACUCGCUUGAUAUAUUAUCAGGAAUGGAUGGAGGUCGCAACAACCGGUUUCCCAAAAAUGACCUUAUUGCUGCACCUCUGCUGCGUCUUUUUCCCCA